GAAUGAGUUCACGCCAAUCACCAUUGGAUACGUAGCAUGCGCUGACCCUCCACCUUUUCCUGUCGAAUGCACAUCUUGAACACAUUGGCGCUCGCGACAGUAUUGCAAGGCUCUACGCGACUUGACUCAAAUAGAACACCAGGCUCCAGCGUCUUGAUUCUUCAGUCAUCCAGCCAGGGUUCGUUUAUAUACUCUCUUGAGCUUCUCGAUCUAGUUCGCCUGUCAUUGCCCUUUUCAGUGGAUUGCAAGAAUUUCGCACAAAAUGUCGGCUACUAUCUCACAACUUGCUUCGCAGUGGGCGAAUCCUAGCGAGGUCACCACAGUACUGAUGGUUAUUGGAGGAGACGUAGUGCAGAAAGCUUUGGCGCAGACGACAGGAUGUUGGUACACGCCGGUCUGCUUCUCAUUCGGAUGGGUCGCCUACACCUUCAUGGCGUUGGUCAACCUGAUUGGGAGUGGGCGGUUACUCCCACCUCCUGACUAUCCGGUCAAAAUGUUCAACCUUGGAUCAGGAUACUCUCGAGAGAAUAGGAAUUGGUUAAUUGGACGCCUUGUUCGCGAUAAUGAGGCAUACAUAGCGCGCGAGGAGCCAAUGCUUCGGAAUGCUAUUCGCAUCUCCGUUUGGAAAGCGAAGCCGAACCCAAAUCGCCAUACGAACCACUCAUACGGUCGGAUUCAUAUGUGGGGUCUCAUCAUCAUGGUUUUCCAAUUGGUGAUCGCAGCGAUCCCAGUGAUGCUACAUCGCGAAUGGGGUAUUCUCUUGGUUACAAGUACAGGUACCAUACUCGCCAUGGUGGUAGGAGCUCUUCCUCAGUGGCGGGUUGAGAAGUUACCCAACCGGCAGAAUUCCAAAGCCGUAUUUGCUUUGACGUCGGGCAAUGGCUCAAAAGAUAUUAUGAUAGUUAUUGGAAACGGUCAAUGCCUUGACCUGGAGGAGCUUUCCGCACAGGAGACCCCGCGGAAUGGGAAGCCAUGGGAGAAGUUCGCACAACGAGAUUCUGAAGCUGUAGAAAGCGGCUCACAAAAGGUAAGCGUGUUACCAACAACGCAGAGACAUCCACGAGGAAGUUUCUAUUUCCACCGAGCCGGAACACAAAUGAUGAUGGCGAAGACUGCGCGUGGCUUGCCGUCAGGGUUCUGGAUCACUCUUUGCGUUUGCGUUGUCCAAUCUAUUCUGUGGCUGGUCCUUAUCGUCACUGUUUCAGCGCUACACAAGGAUACUUGGUUCCUCAUCUUAGUCGGGGGAGUUGGCAUGUUCCAGAAUGGCUAUUUGGCCGCCAUGGAGCGGAGUCCUCAGCACCGCAAUCUGCCACUUGAACUCGUGGAGACCAUUACCAGGUGUAAAGUCAUGGAUGGGCUCAUGGACCUCGAAGUUGGAUACGGAUUUGCUCUCCCCUUACGUAACGAGUUCUUUCCGGGGCAGUUGCGAGAAGACGAAGUGGCCUGGUGGAAAGGUGACCGCAAGAAAUAUGACGAGGUCAGAUCGCAGCAAAAGAGCUUUCGUGGUGCUCCACGGAGUGAGAUGACCGGUUUUGAAUCUCCCAGGUCACCUGCGUGUCUGUCCUUACCAGGCUUCGUCAAAAAUGAAGCCACGCGAGCCACUAACAAUUAUUCAAAGCAUGCACCUGAUCUAUCAGGUCAAUAUGCUGGAGAUAAUGCAAUAAAACCGCAUGUUCCGAAGCCCUUAUAAGUCAGAUGUGGAUUACUGACGACCCAGCAUAUGUCAGACUACUACGGUUGCCGCCUUUGGCAUAUGGGCCGGCUCUUGUCACUUUUGACGAAGCUGUUAUAGAAGAGUCUUCACGUAAGUCCGCCGAGGGCUUGCGAAGAAUACAUAGAAAGUCGCUUUUACGAAGAAUUAUGAAUAG